AUGCCUGUCGUCAAGAAUCCACCGAAAAGGCUCAACAAGAAACCUGUAGCCUGUAAUCGCUGUCACUCUCUCAAAGUCAAAUGUUCAGGUGAACAGCCUUGCUCAAGAUGUCGGCAAGCUGGGUGUGGGGAAUCCUGUCAGUAUGCCGUCCGCGAUAGAAAGCUCAAAGUUCAGGAAAGUUACAUUGAUGAGAUCCUCUCCGAGAAUUCUCAGUUGAAAGAGCAACUACGCGCUCUCAGCACACCUCAUAGCUCUCCUUCCAGCUCUGUACAACUCCCUGUGCCGUCGUCUGAUACAUACCCUUCAGUCCAGAACCCACUCAUCGGAGAUCGCGCUUGGUUCUAUCCAUACGACUCAUCCGCCCCUCCCAUAUAUAUGGGAGAAGCAGCGUGCACAGCAUUCUCGACGCGAUUGCGUCAAUUUCUUACAGGAGACCCAAAAACAGCUCACGUCGCGCGAACUCAGUAUACGCCUGAGUCUUCCCUGCUCGAAGGCGCAAGUCAGUGGCCUGGACUUGCCCAGGCUCGUCUUCUGGUCCGCAUCGCUUUCAAUCAAUUGAGUCGUGUCUACCAUCUAGUCCUCCGUAAAUCGACCCUCGAGCAGCUGGAGUCUGUCUACCAGAUCCCCUCACUGCGAGAUGAUCCCGCCUUAACAUGCAAGUUCUUCGGGCUCUUUGCGCUGGGUGAAGUAUAUUCCUCCCGGUCAAGUGCAUCGCCCACCAGCAAGGUCCCAGGAACAAAAUACUACGUUCGAGCAAUGAGUCUUAUACCCACCAUGCCGGAGCGGCCAGGGAUGAUAUAUGUGGAGAGUCUAUUGUUGUUGUCUCUAUACUCCUACUUCCUCAACCGAAGGCAUUCUGGGUAUAUGUUGAUAGGCAGCGCGAUGCGUUUAGGUCUAGUUCUUGGACUCAACCAUAAUAUCCCCCUACAACAGUGUGCAAAUGCUAUAGAACGUGAACACCGAGUACGACUUUGGUGGGCAAUCUAUGUGUUUGAUCGAAUGUUUACAUCGAAAAUUGGGUUUCCAUUGCAGAUCCGCGACGAAGACAUCCAUGUCGACUUGCCAGCAGAAGUUGCUGAUCCCACUGCCCAGGAGCAGUUCUCAGAUACCGCAUACCUAGUGGCUAGCAUUCGACUGUCUCGCAUUAUAGGACAGACGAUAGACAAGGUUUAUGGCAGGAAGCACCACAUAGAGCCAUUCCUGCAGCGAGAGCAGCAGUUGCUACUUGCUUUACAAGAUUGGCUGAAGUCGCUCCCAGAACAUGUACGGUUACGUCAGGAGGACAGCGCACCUCCCAAGCACAUUGUCUCCCUACAUUUACAAUUCAAUCAGUGUGUCAUCCUAGCCACCCGCCCGAUUCUACUUCACGCUCUUUUCCAAAGCGGCCAUCGAGAACCCUCUGAAGACCUUCCACAGCCCGUGAUUACAAUCAGUGAAGCAUGCAUUCACGCUGCGCGGCACUCACACUCUUUGAUCAUUGAAGAAUGGGUUAAUGGCUCCUUGCCAAUGUAUGGCUACUUCUAUGCCCAGUAUUUGUUCUCCUCAUGCAUCGCGUUGGUGAUCUCAGGGCUCCUCCCCUCUAUUGGAAACCCUGCGGAUCUGGAGGCCUUGGAAACGGCAACCGAGAUCUUGCACCGAAUGAACAGCCAAGGCAAUCUCGCCGCUUCAGAGUUCCAUGAAAACCUUAAGCGCGUUAAGCAAGCUUUGCCCGCCAACUCGGAUAAUGCACGCGCGGGACAAGAGCCCCGUAGCCAUACACCAAGGCUAUCUAUUCCAUCGGUCCAAGGAAUAGUCGCAGACCCGGAACUAGAGAGUCAUAAUGACGGAGUGUUGCCCCCCGCAAACUAUACUACGGAAAUGGCAUUCCUGGAGCCAACAAUGCAAGACUUCCUUGGCACGUCGGAUUACGAUAUGAAUCUUGUCAACCCAAAUGAUCUGCAAAUAGACGGCACAGAAGACUUCGACAUGUGGCCUGGAAUUCUGUGGGCUUCCUGA